AUGUCUUCUGUUCUGAGCUCCUUUUUCUCGCGUGAUCCUAAAUCCAACUUUCCUUAUGAGCUGCCAAAUGAUUUUUUUGCUCGAAAAGAUGGUAUUUGUAUGGGUCAUAGCUUCAGAAAGGUAAGGUGUCACUUUUAGGUAGAAUUAAAAUUUUCUUAACUUUACUUAUUUUAAUAAUGUUGAACUGUGAUUUUUAAUAACGUUUACUUCUAGGCGGAUCCAAAUUUUAAAGCUACAGUUUUUUGGACGAACAAUAACGUGUCUACCUUGAGGAUACAGACGCAGAAGUUGAAGACGAUAAGGCAUCCUAAUGUUCUCACGUUUUUGGAUAGUUUAGAGGUUGUUUCCAAUUAUUUUUUCUUGUUUUAGGUCGAUAUUUGUCUUCUGGUAAAGCCACUGACGUAGGUCACGCAAAUUUUAUAGUGCCUAACUUCUGUUAGAUACAUAACAUUGUUUGGCUUAUAUUUAAUUACAAUAACUAUAAGCUAUUUCAGAGUGAUAAUGCAUUUUACCUGGUAACAGAACCGUGUGUUCCUAUAGCUACGUAUUUUGAAGAGAAUCAGCUUGAUGAAUCGAAGAAAGAGCUUAUUGUAUCUUGGGGAUUGUAUCAGAUGUUGAACACUUUGAAGUUUUUGCAUAAUGAAGCUAAAAUAUCCCAAAAUAAUAUUGAAACUUCAAUUUAUGUCACGGAAAGCGGAGAUUGGAAAUUAAGCGGGUUUCAGAACACGGAGACGUUUAGGUAAUAAAGGUUCAUACUUUUUUUAUCAUUCUUACUUCGUUUUACUAUUUUUUUUUGGUUUCAGUUCACCAAAAGCCGAUUUAAACCAGUUAGCGAACGUGAUCUGGCAAGUAUUCAACGGGUUCAAUCAAUCGCCGCCUGGGACGAAGACUCUAACAAAAAUACCUCGAAGGCUUCAAGGAUUAUUUAAGAAGUUGGAUUCAAAAGGGAAAACAUUUUCUGCUGAGGAUUUGUUGGCAGGUAAGACUCUAAAGACCUGAUUUUAUGUUUUUUCUGACUACUGUCUAUUAUUACUCUAGUUCAAUCACAGUAAGCUGAUGUGUUAAUCAUCAUUUACUUCAGAGUCAAAAUCAAGUGGAGGAUUCAUGAAGAACAAGUUUGUGGACACUUUGUUAUUUUUGGAAGAGUUUCAACUGAAAGAUUCAGCUGAAAAAUUAGCAUUCUUCAUGAGUUUGAAGGACAAUUUGGGGCUGUUUCCUGACAAUAUUGCCAAGUAUAAGUUGCUGCCAAAACUUAUACAUGUAAGUUUUUUAUUUUAUUAAAAUUAAGGUUUUUUAUGUUUUUUAUUCAAGUUUUAUGAUUAAAAAUCUGAGUUUAAUUUUUUUCUAAUUCUCAGACAUACGAAUACGGUGACGCUGGGUCACAUAUUUUGGUACCAAUGUUCAAAUUGGGCAGACUGUUAGACGAAAACGAGUAUCAGACAAGGAUAGUACCAUCUUUGGUAAAAUUGUUUAGUUCUCCCGAUAGAAGUACUAGAGUUAGGUUGUUGGAGAAGAUUGAUGAGUUUGCUCCGCAUUUGAACCAACAAGUUGUCAAUGAGAAGAUCUAUAGGUAAGUCUAUUGUCUUUUGAUUUUUGAAGUUACAUACAUGGUGUAAAUAGAUCAAAAUGGCUUUUUAGUUUUAUCUUAUUAUUAAAUCCUGACUCAAAAAUGUUCCAGCAAUCUGAUAACCGGCUUUAUGGACACAAACCCUACGGUGAGAGAAAGCACGGUAAAAGCCAUCGUCGUAUUCGCGGAGAAGUUGAAUUACAAUAACCUGAACGUAGACCUUAUGAAGUAUCUCGCCAGGCUACAAGGGUCAGAUGACCAACCUUCUAUCAGAACCAAUACCACAAUAUGUUUGGGUAAAAUAGGAUGUUACUUGGAUCCGUCUCAUCGACAACGGAUUCUGAUCAACGCUUUUACUCGAGGAUUAAAAGAUCCAUUCCCGCCCGCACGGAUGGCUGGAGUGUUGGCGUUGUCAGCUACACAACAAUUCUACAGUCUGGCAGAAGUAGCCAGCAAAGUAAUGCCUGCUUUGUCACCAUUGUUCGUGGAUGUUGAUAAACAAGUGAGAGAAUUUAAAUUUCUUGUUGUUACCUUUUUUUUGAAAUUUCUAUUAUAGGUGUUUUAUAAUCAUUUAUUUUUAGGUAAGAGACCAAGCUUUUAAAGCGUUUAAAAACUUUUUGGAAAAAUUGGAGAAGGCCAGUGAAAACCCUGACUUGAUUCCAGAAUUCGAAGCUCAAGUUAAGAGUGGCGGAAAGGGAUCGAUCUUGAGCACGGAUAAGGUUUGUUUCUUUGACUUAAUUCAUAAACACUCUUGUUUAUUUUAAAUGUUAUAUUUUAACCCUAUAUUAACUUUCAGUGGGCUGGCUGGGCACUUAAAGCUCUAUCAGGGAAGUUUUACAAAGGUGCGGUACCCCCACCACCAGCACCAAAUCAACCAGACGCUCCAGGGAAUCAAAAUUCAACACCUUUACAGCAAAAUAAACCCGCUCAACCGACGCCACCUAGAUCUAAUUCUCCGGCCUUUGUAGACGCUUCAUCUAAACCUCCAUCUUCUCGAGGAUCUACUACAUCUUCACCAGAACAAGCUACAAAGCUACCUAACUUAGGUCAUUUGUCCAGUGUUCAAGCCAAACCAGCCAAGAAGCCAUUGGUCUUGAAGAAGGUUGAGAAGAAAGAUGGAUUUCUUGAAGAUGGAGGAGGCUGGGGGUUGGACGAAGAUUUCAACGAGUUUAGUGUAUCCGAACCUAAGAAUGAAUGGGGUACCGGCAAACCUACAACAACAUCAAAAUUGGCCGCAAAGCCAAAGCCGAUCAGUAAAUCGGUUGUCAAAGCACAAGCUAAGCCUACAUUAUCACCAGUGAAGCCCGCUUCAAUCCCUGCGAAGCCAGCUGCCAACAAAUUCGCGGUGAAAGAAGAGUCUUUAUACGACAGUGAUGAUGAUUGGGAUACGCAAUGGUGA